AUGGGCAUCUUCACGAACCCAUCGUCUCCUUCCUUCACCAGAGCUCUACACAUCAAGGACCGCUUUCUUCAAAGCUUCGAUUCCCUCAAGCAGCUCAAGCAUGUCCACUCCCAACUCAUCCGCAUCGGCCUCGACCAGGAGAACUAUCUCCUCAACCUGCUACUCCGCUCUAGCUUCGACUUCAAAGACACCCACUACACCCGCCUCGUGUUCCACCAGACCCACGAACCCAACGUCUUCCUAUGGAACACCAUGGUUCGUGGGUUGGUCUCCAUCGAUUGCUUCAAGGACGCCAUCGCCUCGUACGCUUCGAUGAGAAGGGAAGGGUUCUCUCCCACAGGGUUCACUUUCCCCUUCGUUCUCAAGGCCUGCGCCAGGCUUUUGGAUUUCCGGUUGGGGUUGAAGUUGCAUUCCCAGGUUGUGAAAUUGGGCUUCUCUUGUGACGUCUUCGUCAACACCAGCCUGGUGAGUUUGUACGCAAAGUGCGGGUAUAUUGAGGAUGCCCUCAAGGUGUUCGACGAUAUUCCGAACAAAAAUGUUGUGUCUUGCACUGCUAUAAUAACUGGGUUGAUUGGGGUUGGCAAAUGCAGGGAGGCGAUUGACAUGUUUCGGAAGUUGUUGGAGAUGGAUUUGGUCCCCGAUAGUUUCACCCUUGUAAGGGUGCUUUCCGCUUGCGCUGUAAUUGGUGAUCUCAAGAAUGGUGAGUGGAUAGAUAGGUACAUAUCCGAGACCGGAAUGUCGAGGAAUGUGUUCGUAACCACUUCGCUGGUGGAUUUCCAUGCUAAGUGUGGGAACAUGGAGAGAGCACGGUUAUUGUUCGAUGAAAUGGGUGAGAAGGAUAUAGUUUCAUGGAGCACCAUGAUUCAGGGCUAUGCUUCAAAUGGGCUGCCCAAACAGGCACUGGAGCUUUUCCACAACAUGUUGGACCAUGGCCUGAAACCAGAUUGCUACGCCAUGGUUGGAGCUCUCAGCGCUUGCGCAAGGUUAGGAGCCUUAGAACUAGGUGAAUGGGCCAGCAGUCUGAUGAACAUAGACGAGUUCUCCAUCAAUCCUGUUCUGGGCACUGCGCUAAUCGACAUGUAUGCUAAAUGCGGGAGCAUGACUAAAGCCUAUGACGUCUUCAAAGGAAUCCGAGCCAAAGACAGAGUAGUUUGGAAUGCUGAAAUAUCGGGUCUCGCCAUGAAUGGCCAUAUCCCUGCCGCAUUUGCUGUAUUCGGGCAGAUGCAGAAGUAUGGGAUUCCACCUGACGGCAACACCUUCGUCGGCUUGCUUUGUGGCUGCACUCAUGCUGGCCUAGUGAACGAAGGCCGUCAGUAUUUCAACAUCAUGGUUAGAAUUCUCUCCCUGGCUCCUACAAUCGAGCACUACGGAUGCAUGGUGGAUCUUCUGAGCCGUGCAGGGUUACUCGACGAAGCCCACCAGCUCAUAAAAAGCAUGCCAAUGGAGGCAAAUGCUGUCGUAUGGGGAUCCUUAUUAGGCGGUUGCAGGCUGCACCGUGACACCCAAUUGGCGGAACACGUCCUGAAGAAGCUCGUGGAACUAGAGCCUUGGAAUGCUGGGAAUUAUGUCCAGUUGUCGAACAUAUAUUCUGCAAGUCACAAGUGGGACGAUGCCGAAAAUGUGAGGUCGUUGAUGGGCGAGAGAGGGAUGACGAAACUGCGAGGGUGCAGUUGGAUCGAAGUGUGCGGUAUCGUUCACGAGUUUCUCGUGGGUGACACAUCACAUCCUUUAUCGGAAGGCAUCUACUCCAAGCUUUCCGAACUGGACAAGGAUUUGAGAGCAGCGGGGUAUGUUCCUACGACGGAGUAUGUGCUUUUUGAUAUUGAAGACGAGGAGAAGGAGCAUUUCCUCGGAUGCCAUAGCGAGAAGCUUGCUGUAGCUUUUGGGCUGAUAAGCACUGGUCCAGCGGAAGUGAUUCGAGUGGUGAAGAACCUGAGGGUAUGUGGUGAUUGCCAUGAGGCUAUUAAGCUGAUUUCUAAGAUUACUGGUAGGGAGAUUAUAGUUAGGGAUACAAAUCGGUUUCACUGCUUUUCCGGGGGGACCUGUUCUUGUAAAGAUUACUGGUGA